AUGAACACCAACCGUCAGACGCAGUUGCGCCUCUUCGUAGGUAGCAUUGAGAGCUACCAUGACGACCAAUUACUUCUCAGUCUCCGCGGCUGUUUGUCACUUCCAGGCGGAUCCGAUUCUCCUCCAACUGGCCCCAUCGUCUGGCCUGGCACACGAAGGAAGCCCAACUUCAAAUGUAACUGUUAG